UUCCUGGUUGGUGGUCAGGUACAUAUUUAAGCCCUUACAAUCCUUGAACAGCUCCCACACAAUGGGUGUCUCCAAAAUCUUGUCUCUUCGCAUAGCUCUCAUAAUCUCUUCCGCCACCAUUACUACGGCCUCAUCCGGCGCGUACUGGCCUUCAUCUUCCACCCUCAGCCAUACCCACUUCCUACUUCACCCACCUAUUCUACGCUUUCCUCCUACUCGACCCCACAACUUUCCAGAUCCUCAUCACCCCACCCGACCACCACCUCUUGCCGAUCCCCGAAUCUUCUCCACCAUCUCCAGCAGUCCUCCAUCCGCACCGCACAGCUUCGACGGCCUCGACCUCGACUGGGAGCACCCGGCCGAUCAACAACAGGAAUGGCGCGAGGCCGUCGGCCAAGCCUCCCCUACUAAUUUCCAGCGCUGUAUACUUCGCGUCCAGCUUCUUCCGACGUUACGUCGACUUCGUGAGCCCGAUGUGCUACGUCUACGACGGCGCGUGGCGGCCGAACUUCACCGGGAUCGCCACGUGGAAGGGGAGCGGCGUUGGGGCGGAGAAAGUAGUGAUGGUGAUGCCGGCUUAUGGGAGGGCGUGGCGGCUCGAGGAUCCGGGGCAGCACGGGAUCGGAGCUCCGGCGGCUGGAAUCUGGCAGGAGGAGAGUCUAGGUGUGAUGAAUUAUUCGGCUAUAGUGGAGUUUAAUAUGGAGAGUGAUGCUACGGUGGUUUUUGACAACGACACCGUUUCGGCGUACUCGUAUGCGGGGACGGAUGGGUGGGAUACGACGACGUUGAAUACAAGGGUAAAUUCGCGAAGGCGCCGGGGCUUGGGGGAUACUUUUUCUGACAGCGACUGGGAACAGCUUCCAGAGCAUGGGAUAGUAACUGAUGAAUCAUGAUUCAAUAUUUCUCAUUCAUACAUAGUAUAUACUUCUUCGUCUUUCAUUAAUUGGCACCGGUUAACUUGGUUUCGGUUAAAUGUAGUGAAAUGUGGAUGGAAAAGUUGAUAGAACGUGGAUCUUACUUUUAUAUAUUAAUUUUAUAAUAAAAUGUGAGUGUAAUGAGUUAGUGGAAUAUAGACUGUAAAACAGUAACAGUGUCAAUUAAUGGGGGACAAAGACGACAGAACCGUAGGUUUCGGUGGAGGAAUUGUCCUUGGC